UGGAAGUUAAAGCAAAAAAAAAAAGUCUGCUAGGUAGGUUAUUUAUCUCCCUGCCUAAAAGGUGUUAUUAUUUGGCGAGAAGGCACAACUGGAAGAUGAAGUCAGUAUAAAUAAGCAUAUAGCCCAGUGCUUUGAGCGGAGUACAUGAGAGUGCUGGGAAACGCGGCUCCAAUCACUACCGCUGUUCCUGGCUCAAUUUCCCUGGCUGACGUCAGCUGACUGCCUUGGCUCUCUCCACUCUCCGCUCCUCCGGACACAGCGCCGAGUAAAAAUGCUGCUCUCUGUGUCGCCAAGGACAGGAAUCAACCCUUACAACAGCUACAACGGCAAAAACACCAAGAAGGUAAAUAACGACACCACCGGCCACUUCUAUCGCGUCUUUCUCAAACAGACAUAUGUGUCCCCGUCCAAUCAUCAGAUGGCUCCCCCAAGCCCCAACAGCAACACCACCACAAUUAGCAAUGGCAGCAGUAACAGCAGCAGCGGGGGAGAGCAGCUAAGCAAAACCAACCUUUAUAUCCGUGGCCUCCACCCAGGAACCACAGACCAGGAUCUGGUCAAACUCUGUCAGCCGUAUGGGAAAAUUGUGUCCACAAAGGCCAUCUUGGACAAGACUACCAACAAAUGCAAAGGCUAUGGCUUUGUCGACUUUGAUAGCCCAGCCUCUGCUCAGAAGGCAGUGACGGCACUGAAGGCUGGCGGAGUGCAGGCUCAGAUGGCCAAGCAACAGGAACAAGACCCCACCAACCUGUACAUCUCUAACUUGCCGCUGUCAAUGGACGAGCAGGAGCUGGAGAACAUGCUGAAGCCCUUCAGUCAGGCCAUUUCCACACGCAUCCUCCGUGACGCCAAUGGAACCAGUCGAGGAGUGGGCUUUGCCAGGAUGGAGUCGACAGAAAAAUGUGAGGCCAUCAUCCAGCAUUUCAAUGGGAAAUAUAUCAAGACUCCACCUGGAGUUCAAGCACCGUCAGAACCCUUGCUGUGUAAAUUUGCUGAUGGAGGCCAGAAGAAGCGCCAGAGCCAGGGGAAAUAUCUGCAGAACGGUCGGCCCUGGACAAGAGAUGGAGAGACUGGAGGAAUGACCCUCACCUAUGACCCAACCACAGCCUUACAGAAUGGGUUUUACUCCUCUCCCUAUAGCAUUACCCCCAAUCGGAUGAUUGGACCAACCUCCCUUUCCCCAUAUAUGCAUCCACCUGUGUCCACCUAUCAGGUACACAACCCGUCCUGGCUACAUCACCAGUCAUACAUAAUGCCACCCACAGGAGCUGUCCUGACACCUGGGAUGGACCACACCAUGUCCAUCCAGCCAGCAUCAAUGAUGGGGCCUCUAACACAGCAGCUCAGUCACCUCUCUAUGGGCAGCAGUGGUACAUAUAUGCCUGCAAACACAUCUAUGCAGGGGACCUACAUACCCCAGUACACCCAAGUGCCUGCCACCAACAUCUCAGUUGAGGAAAGUGCCGUCCAACAACCUGUUGCCAUAGAGACACCAACAGAACAUGCAACCUACUCUUACCAGCAUAACAAGUAAAGAGAUCUUCAUCUGGGGCCCGACUGACUCUUGAGGGGUCCCAAGAGCUGAGAUUUUCUGUGUGAAGAACUAGACACUCCAGGAACACAAACUGUUCCACACAAAGGACAAAAACAAAGAUAUUUUCUAUGAACUCAGAUUUUAAAACAAACUCUUUUACUUCAGACAAGCAAAGCUGGAGGACAGCAGACGGUGGGGAAAUGGAAGAAUGGAACAAUGAGCAUCUAUUUUGAUAACGGUCAAGAAAAGUUCAAAAAGCUGUUAAAUGUGUCGUGUAUGACCAUUGAUCAUAUUCUUUUUUUUUUUUCUCUCUUCAAAACACUACUCCGGGGAGCAAGGAUGAAACCAGGAAAAGAACAUUUCAACACCAUGUUUUAGGUCAUGUUCUGCUUUUGUAAGAUAUGCAGUUUUUGUUUUUUUUACAUUUUUCUCCUUUUUGACUGAUGCUUUCAGACUUGAACCUGCCUUUUUGUAAAUAGUUCUUUGGUUAUUUUUUGUGUGUUUCUAGCCUCGUCCAAUUGAUUGGUGCAAAUAUUCGGAAGCAGAAAAACUGAAGUCCUUUUUAAAAAAAGCUGAUCUUGUAAGACUGAUAUGGUGCUGACAUCGAUUAGCUUCUUUCUCUCACAAAGGCAGCAAGUUUGUCAGGUAUGAAACCUUACCUGAAGCAGUCUCACUUAAGUUUUUUGGCACUUAAAUAUAUUUAAAAGAAAAAAAAGUUUCGUUCCAACAAUCUCAACAAAGCUGCAGACAAUCAGAAGAUUACACAGAAGAGAACAUUUUAAGCUGAUGUUCGUUGCCGAAAUAUUUCAGAGCGGACUACUUUAAAAGAGAUGAAUAGAUUUAAAGCAUUCCAGUUGUUGUUGUUACCUGAGAGUUUUAAAUAUUGAUUCACUUUGAGCUGCUUCACGUGAUGAAAUCCAAAGUUGUUUAACAGGGAUCACAUCUCACUCAGAGCUGCCUGUAAAUAGAUUGAAAUGUAUUCACACUUUCGCUCGACUUCCUUGAUACAUGUGAUGUAAUGUGUCAGUGCCCCUCCCUUUUUUCUUUUUUUUUUUUUGUUUAAGUAAACAAGGAUGCAGAUUCUUCCCUGAAUCCCCCAAAAAAUCAGAUUUUCUGAAGCGGGAAUGAAAUGUUGUUAUUAAAGUAUAAAGAUGUAAUUACACAGACAUGGAGAUUAACCGGUGACGCAUGAAUCUGUCCUGUUAUAUCUGCAGAAAACACUACUUAGGUGAUUCAUAACGGCCAGGCUAUGGCUUUGAAACUGGCCAUUGCUGUGUGUUUGCAAUCUUCUUCUGCAUUUCUGGUUUUUACCGUCAUGUUUUUUGUUCUUAAACAUUAUUUAAAGGUUUCAUUUUUUUUAAUUCAGUUUCAAAACUUUUAAGAUUGAUCUUAUUUUUCAAAGAAGCUUUGAUUUUUAUUUUUGAUAGUGUGUUGUGUGCUUCAUAGUGAGAAAUAGAGGUUUUCACUUUUUUCUUUGUGUUUUGCGUACUUGCUUUGUUGUGGUUUCAGUGUUGAUGUCAAAGAGGCUUUAAUAUUUCAGUUCUGUCAGUGUCACCAGUGUUGGCACUUUUAGACAUAACUUCUCAUGAUGGAUGAAGCAUGUAUGCUAGGUUCAGAUGCAUUGUUACAGAGUUGCACCGCAUGCAGUCGGUGUAAGAGCAAUUUAUGUUGAAAACCUUGACUUACCUCAUCCUGCCAGAGCAAUGUAGAUUCAGUUUGUGUUCAAUGUUCACAGGCAAUAACCAACUACAGUAGGUCUCAUGGCUGAUCACAGCUGGUACUGUGUCCACAUCCUUUAACUCUUCCGUCCAAUGUUUGGAAAACAUGCCCCAAGGUCUGUUGAUCUAUGCAAUUAAUUUAUUGUCCUUAUAAAUGCAAUACUACGAAUAUCCAAGAGACACCUCGUGUUGCGACAGUGGAUCACCUCACAGUGACUUUAUAUUCUGGCUGACGUGGCUUUUCUCUUUUCAUUUUAAAUCAUUUGUUUUGGUUUUUGUGACACAUUUGUCUAUGGUUCAUUAAUUGUAAGCAGAAUUGCAACAUCAAAAGGGAACUUUUUCAUACCAAAACGCGGUUGUUUUAAUAUGACUGUAGGAAAAGUAAGAACUCCUAGAAUAAAUAAAUAUGGCAGAUUUGUUUUCUCUCUC